AUGUCGUUCCUCGGCGGGCCUGAAUGCAGCACUGGAUCGAACCCCUUGGCCCAGUUCCAGAAGCAGACGUCCGCCGACACUUCCCUCCAACGAGACCGCCUCACGUCCCGACAACCACAGCAACUCAAUGGCUUCCGUAGCGGCCAACAAGUACCUGAGGAUGCCGCGUUCCAAGAUUUCGCCCAGCAAGGCCCGCACAUGGGCGAGAUGCUUCCGCAGGAUCCCUUCCACUUCGAGCAGAUGAGACGGGAAGCUGAGCACUUGGAGCGAGCCGGUGGCGGCGGUGGAGGCAACUCGAACUGGGCAGGCGAAUUCGCACAGCAAGGACCAAACUUUGCGCCCGAGGCAUUCACACAGCAAAGAGCUGCAGGGUUUAGUCCACAGGACUUCGCUCAGUUCAGGCAAUCGCAGGUGUCACCGGCCCAGAGGACACAAAGCCCAACCUUCCAGCAGCAGUCUGCGUACAGGCCACCGAUGUACGGGAAUGGCUUUGGGAUGCAGAGGCCGAUGUAUGGAGGCUUUGGAGGUCAGAUGUACAACGAUAGUCUCCAGCGGCAGCAGUACGAGGGUAAGGGCAAGGGUCGAGUGCAAGAGCUGAGCGACACGGACUGGGAGAAGCAAUUUGAGGAGUUGUCUACAGCCGAUAAAGAAGCAGACCAACUGGAUAAGGAAGCCCAGGAAGCUAUCGAGCGAGAGCUCAACCAGGUGGACAGGUACGUUGACCGAUGGACAUCGCACAUUGCUCUCAUCUGUCCUGCUCACUGCUGAGCAGGUCAGAGACCGGGCUAGGCGACUUUGAGAACAUCAUCGAAGGUGUCCGUCACGAGGCUAACGUUCAUAGGGACAUGCUCGCGGAUGAAGAGCUUGAGAAUCGUUAUGGGAAUGAGUAUGAACAAUGGACAGACUUUGAUGGUCUAAAUCAUGACUUCGAUAGUUUCCGCGAAUUCGGCGAAUUCGACUCGCGACCGAACGAAGGCAAUUACAUGUUUGAAGAACAUAACCUCUUCAAAGACGUUCCAAACGCAUUUGAAGAAGGGCAGAAGAUCAUGCGCGAAGGCGGAAACUUGAGUCUGGCGGCGUUGGCUUUCGAGGCUGCUGUUCAAAAACAACCCGAUUUUAUAGAAGCUUGGGUAGCACUUGGUCAGGCGCAGGCACAGAAUGAGAAAGAGUCACCAGCUAUUCGGGCUCUUGAGCAGGCACUCAAACUGGACCCUGGAAACCUGGAGUCACUCAUGGGGCUUGCAGUCUCUUAUACGAAUGAGGGAUACGACACACUCGCGUACCGGACGCUGGAGCGAUGGGUGGCAGAGAAGUACCCACAGCUGGGCGUCAAGCCACGAGGCAUUGAUGCGGACGAGGAAAUGGGCUUUACGGACCGCCACAUGCUCCACGAGAAAGUCACCAACUACUUCCUGGAAGCGGCGCAAUUGAACCCUGAAGGCGGCGACGUUGAUGUGGACGUACAAGUCGGUCUUGGUGUUCUUUUCUACGGCAGCGAGGACUACGACAAAGCAGUCGACUGCUUCACUGCCGCGCUGAAUAGCCAUCAGCACGGUUCCAUGAAGCGAGAGGGAGAAGAGCACUUACUCUGGAACAGACUCGGAGCGACGCUUGCCAACAGCUCUCGGUCAGAAGAAGCGAUCGAGGCCUACUCCCGUGCCCUGGAACUGCGACCAAACUUUGUACGCGCGAGAUACAACCUCGGCGUGUCUUGCAUCAACCUCGGAGUCUUGGAAGAAGCUGCCGGACAUCUUCUGGGAGCUCUAUCUAUGCACAAGGUGUUGGAGCAAGAGGGCAAGGCAAAGGCAGCUGAACUCCUGCGCGAUGGACACGGGAAUGCUGUGGACGAGAGGGCCGUGGAUGACGUGCUACAGCAGAACCAGAGCACGAACUUGUACGACACGCUACGGCGGGUCUUCACGCAGAUGUCCCGACGAGAUCUCGCGCAGAUGGUUGGUCCCGAUAUGAAUCUGGAUGCCAUGCGAGGGGAGUUCGACUUCUAA